CUGACGCUGUAUGGUUUUGUGCUGUAAAAACUGAAAAUUGAAUGUGUACACUGCAAUGUGGACAGGUAGUGUGUAAGUUACACUGUUUUUGUGUGGUAGGAAGCAUUUUAUGAUUGUUCCUCUCCACUCUCGUCUCUCAACCAGGGAAUUUUUCAUUUAUCUGCAAGAAAGUGAGACUGAGAGAGAAGCAGCAUCAUCAUGCCUACAGUGAUCUUGUUAGAUGUUUCAUUGUCCAUGACCCAACCUGUGAGCUCAACGGAUGGAGGUAGCAGUAACAGUAGCAGUAGCAGUGAACCAAUCACUAGGAGACAACUAGCAGAAGCUGGUCUGAAUACACUACUAGACUUCAUAGCUGCUAAUAAUAAACUAGAGUUUACUACACUUGUCAUUUUCUCUUCGCUGUGGGAGAUUGUGGUGCCAUUUACAAGAGAUUACAAUGAACUGAAGAAAGCAGUACACACCAUUGAGAUAUUUGAUAAGACGUGUCUGGAAACCGUCUUGGAAGGAGUCAAGAAUGUUGUGAUUGAAGAAUGGGGUGCAAGUACUCUAUGCCAGGUUAUUUUGGUGACAGACGGCAGUCCAGGAGUUGGUCCAGGAUCAUUGAAGCAUGCCAUACAGAUUCUCUCCAACCCUAAAGCUGAUGACUCCACCUUCCCUGUUCCCUUUGAGUUUCCCAAUAGUUUCCACACGGUCCUCAUCUCAAGCCAACUAGAACUCCAGCAAUGGGGCUCAUUGUCUAUGUAUCAGAAGUUACUGGAUGCUAAUCAACAUAAAGGUCAUAUUCACACCAUUGAAGGAGCUGUAACAGUUAAAUCAGCACAGGUUAUGUUCACUAAGAUGGCUGAGGAGCUUUACUCAGCGUUUCAUGCUAAGUUGUCAUGUGGGAAUCUUAGCUCAGAAGUACAAGUGUUCCCUCCACCACAGCCGGUUAACAUGGCACGUGAUUUUGAAAUGGUUGCACAGCGUUUAUCAACUGAACUUAGUAUCUGUGGCUUCAUAGAUUGUGCUGAUGCUUCUAGCCCACCGGUUAUAUCAAGACAUCUAGUCUUACCACUUCCAGUUAAAGAUAAAAAUUCAUCAGGUUCAGGAGAAGGAGCAGAAGGAGGAGAUAAGACUGAAGAGAAGGAGACGGUUCCGUCUUCAACCGAGAUGGGAUCUAAUCCGUCAUUUUGUGUCCUUCUACAUGGCAGCCUGAAGGUGGAGAAUCUUGUAGCACUCGUUAAUGUUGGGGAGAACUGGUAUGGACUGCUUCAUUCCUGUGCAGAUAGUAAGAAGAAAUCCAACUUAAUGAUGUCAUUGUUUGAGCCUGGUGAUCAUGCUAUACCGUGGGUUGGAAAGUUUCAUUUACUAGGACCAUGUACAGCUUUUGCCAAUAAUCCUUAUGGGGAAGACAACAACAAGAGUCCAUUUCCGGUCAGGUUACAAGAGAAAAGAAGUUACUCCCAGAAUCCUGUUGUCUGGAUUAAACCAAUUAAUUUACAGGCUGAUAUUCAAAAGAUUCUUCGCUAUGCAAGAAAACUACCAGAGAAGACACUAGUGUUCUACAAGGAGUUGAAUAGACUUCGUCGUGCAGCCUUAUCUUUUGAUAUGACUGAACUUCUCCAAGGUAUGUCUAUGAUGCUAGAGAGAGAAUGUACUAUUUUACCCUGGACAGCUCAUCCUGACGCAGCAUUACAAUUGACUCAUGCUGGAAAGAUGCUGACUAGUGCUAUGGAUAAAGGUUAUGAUUAUAGCAUUACACCACUGUCUACAAACUUUGCGUCAGAUAGCUGAGAUGUUCACAGUGUAACAGUGUAACACCAGCGUCACCAAACUAUACUUCAGGUAGCUGAGAUUGAUCACAGUGUAACACCAACGUCACCAAACUUUCAUUCAGGUAGCUGAGAUUGAUCACAGUGUAACACCAACGUCACCAAACUAUACUUCAGGUAGCUGAGAUUGAUCACAGUGUAUCACCAACGUCACCAAACUAUACUUCAGGUAGCUGAGAUUGAUCACAGUGUAACACCAACGUCACCAAACUAUACUUCAGGUAGCUGAGAUUGAUCACAGUGUAACACCAACAUCACAAAACUAUACUUCAGGUAGCUGAGAUUGAUCACAGUGUAACACCAACGUCACCAAACUAUACUUCAGGUAGCUGAGAUUGCUCACAGUGUAACACCAACGUCACCAAACUAUACUUCAGGUAGCUGAGAUUGAUCACAGUGUAACACAAACGUCACCAAACUAUACUUCAGGUAGCUGAGAUUGAUCACAGUGUAAAACCAACGUCACCAAACUAUACUUCAGGUAGCUGAGAUUGAUCACAGUGUACCACCAACGUCACCAAACUAUGCUUCAGGUAGCUGAGAUUGAUCACAGUGUAACACCAACAUCACCAAACUAUACUUCAGGUAGCUGAGAUUGAUCACAGUGUAACACCAACGUCACCAAACUAUACUUCAGGUAGCUGAGAUUGAUCACAGUGUAACACCAACGUCACCAAACUAUACUUCAGGUAGCUGAGAUUGAUCACAGUGUAACACCAACAUCACCAAACUAUACUUCAGGUAGCUGAGAUUGAUCACAGUGUAACACCAACGUCACCAAACUAUACUUCAGGUAGCUGAGAUUGAUCACAGUGUAAAACCAACGUCACCAAACUAUACUUCAGGUAGCUGAGAUUGAUCACAGUGUAACACCAACGUCACCAAACUACACUUCAGGUAGCUGAGAUUGAUCACAGUUUAACACCAACGUCACCAAACUAUGCUUCAGGAAGCAGAGAUGUGGCAAACAAGGAAUUUGUCCAUAGCGUGACACCAUUGUCUGAAAACUUUGUUUCAGAUAGCUAAGAUGUGCUACAAUGACUUUGUUCAUAGUGCGUCACCAAUUUUUACAAACUUUGCUGGAGAUAGCUGAGAUAGGACAUCCAAAGACUGUAUCCACAGUGUGACACCAGAUAGCUGAGAUGUCCAUAGUGUGACACCAAUGUCAACAAACUUUGCUAAGUUGAGAUAGGACAUCCAAAGACUGUAUCCACAGUGUGACACCAGAUAGCCGAGAUGUCCAUAGUGUGACACCAAUGUCAACUAACGUUGCUUAGUUGAGAUAGGACAUCCAAAGACUGUAUCCACAGUGUGACACCAGAUAGCUGAGAUGUCCAUAGUGUGACACCAAUGUCAACUAAUGUUGCUUAGUUGAGAUAGGACAUCCAAAGACUGUAUCCACAGUGUGACACCAGAUAGCUGAGAUGUCCAUAGUGUGACACCAAUGUCAACUAACUUUGCUUAGCUGAGAUGUGACAUCCAAAGACUGUAUCCACAGUGUGAAACCAGAUAGCUGAGAUGUCCAUAGUGUGACACCAAUGUCAACUAACUUUGCUUAGCUGAGAUGUGACAUCCAAAGACUGUAUCCACAGUGUGACACCAGAUAGCUGAGAUGUCCAUAGUGUGACACCAAUGUCAACUAACUUUGCCUAGCUGAGAUAGGAUAUUCAUAGAGACAUACAAAGACUGCUGCAGUGCCACAGUUUGACACCUGUUUUUGUUUUCAAACUUUGCUUCGGAUAACCCAGACGGUGUUCUGUUUGUAUGCAUAUACUCUGUUUAAAGUGCUGAAUAAAGAUUUCAAAACAGGACAAAUUUUUAAUAAUUAAACAUUUACCAGUCUAAAGUGAACAGAAGUCACAAAAGAAAAUUAACUUUUUUGAAGAUGUUUUAUACAAAAGUUUUCAGAAAAUGUUAAAUCACCUUCCACACUUGUCUGUAAUUAUCUUGCCUACAUUUCGUCUGCUCAGAACUAUAAGGUCAGUAAAAUGGAUUUGCAAAAAAAUAGUUAAUGGCCUGACGUUUCGACCCUAGCAGAGUCUUUCUCGAAGGCUAAAUGACAACACAACAAACAUGAACAGGUAACUAAGUGAAGUGAAAUGGAUUUGCUAAACAAAGCUUGUCGUCAAGAUUUGAAAAUAACAUGUGCUUAGUUCAGUUUAAAUUGUUUGUAUAUAUAUUUUUGUACAUGAUAUCAGAGCAGUUGAAGGUGGGUAACCAGACCAGACACCAUUAAAGUAGCUAUGUUUUUUUUUUUAUUAAAUUGUAGAUUUUAGCAGCACAUUUGCUAAAUUAGUUUGAUUUGUUUCUAUGAUAGAUAUAAAUUCAUUAAUGUCAAAGGAUGAUGGAAAUCCUACUUGAACUUUGAUGACAAUAGUAACCAAGUAACCAGAAUGAGAUGCGCAGUGUCUUGAAUCAAGACUAUCAUUGAGAAAGACUCUGCUAGUGUAGAAACGUCAGGCCAUCAACUAUAUUUUGUUUUCAUCAUUAUUUGUUUAAAUACUGCUGAAGGGUGGGGACCAAAAAUCUACAAAUAUUAAUAGGAUCCUCAUUUGAAGAACUAACUCAAUUUUAGUGUAUAGUGUAUGAUGGUCACCACUGAGUGCAACCAAACACCAAAAACUGUCAACCAAUGGCCAACGACCGGCGCAUGUUUUUGUUUGGACAACAAAAGUUAAACACCAGAGAGUAAUAUAAAAACAACCGUAGAUAAACAGUGAAACCAACUCCAAUAACAACUUUGGAAUUAAAGCCCUGCUGUUUGAAAGAAAAGGCUGACAAUUUCACAAUCGAUGGGUAGAUGUUAAUGCAAAGACGUCCUAUUGUAGGAAUGUACAGUUUUUAUGUGUGGCGAAUAAACUGUGGAUCAAAAGUUGUCCUCGGUAAUUUAAAAACCUUGUUUACUUUCAUAAAAUCAUUGCAUGUAUGAAGCAUAACAAAGCCCAAUUUCAUAUAGCUGUUGUAAGGCAGAAGAUACUGCUUGAAAAAUUUCUGUGCUUAAAAUUUUUUUAGUGGAUACCAGUCGCAACUUAAUAUAAUUUACGUUACCCGUUUCUGUCCAGCAAUAUUUUGCUAAGCUUAUCAAUUUUUUGUGCUUAACAGGCUUUACGUAAUUUGGGCUCAAAUAGCAGUAAUACGUAUAUACACAAAGGUAUUAUGUCCGUCCGUGUUGGUAUUAUUGAAAGGCCCGGCCCGAUGUGCGUACAAGUUGCGCUCGCGUCGGAGUUGCGUCGACGCAGAACAAAGCUCGAACUUCGUAUUCGACCAAAAUAUUUCGGCGGGGCUUUACUGACUUGAAUUAUUUAUUUAUUUUCGAAAAAAGAAGAGGCAUUUUGAAGGAACGAGAGUGUAAUAACCUGGAAUUUCUCCGAUUGCAAUUAAUUUUGUUAUCGUCCGUUACCUACUUGGUGUAGAAAUCACGAGCUCAGAAAUCUCCAAUCAAGAUAUCUCUCUCAAUGGAUCAUGAUAAGUCAAAGACCGAGGGUCGUGGAGAUCGACCUAGGGGUCAACCUCGAAUCGACAACUUGGUUGAAAACUCUUCACUAUCGUCCAACUUGAUGACAGAGGCACAGCAGCCGACCAAGCACCACACUUCUUCGUCACUCAACCCUUAUGCUACAGAGGAGGACUUGUUAGCUUUGAUAAGGCAAUAUAAAGACGCAAGAAAGAAAGCUGUGGUGGUACGGGAUACCUACCAGUCACUCAAGAUGAAGUAUACAGAUCUACUGUUGAAUAUUCAUAUGUACGUCAUCACGAGUGGGCUGGACUUGGAGAUCAUUCAAUGAUAGCUUGAUGUUCAAAGAACAACACGAUUCUACAAUGAGGACGCAUUUAGGGAUGGUUGCAUCUGUUAGUGUUACUUUGUAUAAAGUUCAGUUAAUUAUUCAAUUAAUUGUAUGAAAUGGUUCGGUUUAGUCGGGAAGGCAACAGUAUGUUCUUCAUUAACAAUCUUCUAUAUUUUGGCAACAAACAGUAUGAGAAGACACCUGUUUUACUAAUUAAUAAAAAUA